ACUGCGAUAUCAUAAUACCACACAUGCACUGAGGAUAUUGCAGUUACUCGUGCUGUGAGCUCUACGCGGGAUUCGCUUUUUCUUCAAAGUACAUCACCUAAAUUCCCACCAGCUGUGACUCUGACACGAAAUUGAUGAGAAUUCCUGGGACGGUGAUGAUACUUCACUCCUAAUUAUUGUCCUCAUCUCUUCCCUUUUCAAAGGGAAUUGGAGUUCGUCCGCGACGAGUUUGAUGCCGUAAUUAACUUGGCCGCUAAUUACCGACUGCCGAGCGGCGCGUUGGUGACCUACCCAACGGUGAGGUCUAUCAGACCAGGCGGGAGGAAAUUAUUCGGAAUGACGUGAGGACAUCAACUGUCGCAACUGGGACUGUCUCCACAUCGUAACACGGCCGGAAUUUACACUUCCAGAAUCUCCAGCGAGGACAAGAGGUGUGACUGUGAGUGUGUGAUCAAGUUUUUACUCGGUUUCAAUUUACGAGGCCUCGUUUUCUGUUGGCAUGAGUCCGGGACGACCUCGUUAGUUUGUCAGCGGAGACGCGUGUGGUGAACCGCGUUAUUUGCGACCGCUAUCACGGCAAGUUCUGGUGUCCGGUUUCGCACACGAUACGGAUAAUUGGUGGAGAAAGACGGACAAAUUCUCUACCACAAUGGGUGUGUCUGCUUCGGAUUCCUCAAAAUGUUGCAGCCUGAUACUCUGAGUAAACGCCGCCAUGUCGAAACAGUCACUUAUUAUUUUCUGCUGUGACGGGAUUCAUAACUGGGGGAUUCUAGUAAACUUUAACCGUCCGCCGACUAAACCGGAACUCGGAGGUAUGUACUGUCGUAAACUUUCAAUAACAAGAAAUCAACCUACUCUUUGAAGAUAAGCCGGCCUACAUAUUUUCAUUUAUUCAAGGAACACAUGGAGGAUAAUCUUUUACUGGAUUGCAAACUGGUUUCUGGAUAUUUGAAUUUUUGACCAGAUUAUGAAUUUAUGAAGCAACGGUUCCAAAUAUGAGGAUGUUUUAAAUAGUGUUCCGUUUUCAACAUCGAGACAUUUCUCCACGAAGGCACUCGCUGUGCUGACAGUACUCCAGCAGAUUGUGUGAUAUUUGUGUGAUAUUUUGGUUGCCAUGGAUUUACCGCAGUGGAUUGCCCUACCCUGUCUCCUCCUCUUGCAUAUUUUGGAGGGCGUGGUUACAACGGAGAGGCGUGUGUCCCCGUCAGUCAUAAAAGUUGGUGUAAUCUUAGAACAGCCGUCGCCCGACGAGGAUGAGAUGGUUCGCCUCUCCUUUCAACACCUGAACCAGAAUGAAAAUAUCCUACCCUCGUCCCGAUUGGAUUAUACCGUGGCCAGGAUAGCCUCCACUGAUCCCUUCGCAGCCGUUAAAGCAGCGUGUUCAAUGUUAAAUACAAGCAUCACCGCAAUCGUGUCGUCUACAAGCUGCGAGACUAGUCUCGCCCUCCAGUCGUUGACGAACUCUUUCGAUGUGCCCCACAUGAUUGUGCCAGGCGAGGAGUGCCCGUCAGAGAAGCAUAACAGUUUUACAGUCAACGUGAGACCGAGUCUACUCUUCCUGAGCGAAGCCGCUCUGGACCUGGUGUGGAAACUCGGCUGGGAGGGAGUCUGUAUAUUCUACGAUUCGGAAAGUGCUUAUAAGAACGUGCAGCAGUUUUUGCAUCUAGCUGCGCAGUCGGAGGAACGUAAGCCCCUGGAGGUGACUCUAUAUCGCGUGGAUGCCUCGGAGCCUUCAGGCGGAGCGUUGGGUAUCAUUAAUAUCCUACACAAGGCGAAGGACUCGGAUGUAAAGCACAUGAUUGCCUUCUGUGAUCGGACACAGAGUAUGAAGCUGAUUAGACAGGCUGCCCGUUUUGGUAUGGCAGUGGGAAAAUAUCAAUGGAUUAUUACAACGCAGGAUUGGGAUAUGCUCGUAGACGACGAACCCGAAGGCUUCACAACGACGAGCGGGGACAUCUCAGAGGAAGAUGGGAUGAGAUUCCUUAACGGCUCCGAAGGCAUCAUCACCUUGAUGAAGCAACAGGUCAAAGUUCAGACCCAACCUCCGGAUUUCUACGGCGCAUGGCAGAUCCUGUACCCGGACAUAGACAGGGAGGAGGACGCUAACGCUACUUAUUUGUCGCCUGGGUAUCUCAACACAGUCCAGUUCAAAGCAGCCUACAUGUACGACGCCGUUCGGGUCUUGGCGGUAGCUCUGGACGAACAGGUGGAGCGUGACAAGUACAUCGAACCUGAGAACCAACAUUGCUAUGACAACAAGCCCAAAUCCUGGAAAGGCGGGACCCGCCUCAGGAAAAUGCUUCACAGGAUGGAAACAACAGGCCUAAUGGGAAGGAUACGAUUUAACCACAGUGGUGUAAAUGACGAGAUGGCGGUGGACGUCAUCACGGUAGAAAGCAGCCGGAAUCAAACCAAGGCCUGGAAGAUCGGAACCUGGGAUCCGGAAAAUCGCUUGAAUUUGGUGAAGACGCCCUUCACGAGAAGUUUCGAGGCUUUUAUCACUAACAAUACCACAUUUCGGAUCGUUACGGUUGUGGAGGCGCCAUUCGUCAAUCGGGACGAGACAGUAAACGGGCACAAGUACUCGGGUUUCUGCAUCGACAUGCUGGAGCUGAUUGCAGACGAGAUGAACGCCAAGUACGAACUCUACCUUGUACCGGAUGGGAACUACGGAGGCAAGAACGAGGACGGGACGUGGAAUGGUCUGAUCGGAGAAGUGUACUAUGGUAGGGCAGACUUAGCGGUAGCCGGAAUGGUGAUCAACUCAGACAGGGAAGAAGUGGUGGAUUUCACCAAACCCUACAUGAACUACGGCGUGGGCAUCCUGAUGCAGAAACCCCAGAAGAAAACCAACGUCUUUGCUUUUCUUGAGCCCCUCCACAUCCAGGUCUGGGGCUGCGUAUUGGCUUCUCUCUUCGUGGUUGGAGUGCUGAUCUACAUCGUAGAUCGGCUCAGUCCCUACAGCAGCUUCCGCAGAGAGAACAGUCCUAACCAGGACGCUUUCGACUUGAAGAACAGCAUGUGGUUCGCUUUCGCCUCCUGCAUGCAGCAGGGCGGCGACACCUCCCCACUAUCCAUCUCGGGCCGCGUCCUGAGCGCGUUCUGGUGGUUCUUUGCCCUGAUCAUCACCGCCACCUACACCGCCAACCUGGCCGCCUUCCUGACGGUCACACGCAUGGAGAACCCCAUUAAUUCUCUCGAAGACCUGGCCAUGCAGAAGUCCGUAGUCUACGGCACCAUCGUCAACUCCAGCCUCCAUCGCUUCUUUGAGAAGCGGAAGCACCAGGGUAUCUACGAGCGCAUGUGGAAUUUCAUGUCGACCUCUAAGAUCAACCCCUGGGUGCCCAACGCCGAGGCAGGGUACAAGAGGGUACAGACCGAGGAUUAUGCGUUCUUCUGGGACGCGCCCAUCUUGGACUAUAUCAAACAGAAGGAGUGUAAUGUCAUGACGGUUGGGAAGCCUUUCAACCUGAAAGGGUACGGGAUCGCCACGCCGCGCGGGCUGCCAUGGAGAGACGAGAUUUCCAUGGUCAUCUUGAGGUUGCAGGAGAAGGGCAUCCUAGAAGAGCUCAGAAAGAAAUGGUUCGACCGAGAGUCCAGUUGUGCGGAGGACACGGUCAUUAUGAGCUCUAACCGUGGAGCCGCCGACAUCAACCUGGACCAGAUAGCCGGGGCCUUCUAUGUCCUCAUCAUUGGAGCAGUGCUGUCCUUUGUUGUGGUCAUCAUAGAGCACAUAUGGCACAAGCCGUCGUUCUAUAAGAAGAGGGAGAAGGAGGCUGGGAGGACCACGUUGGAUUGGUCUGACAAACUUCCACCUCGAGAAACGAGAAAUAACGGUCUUUCUAACAUUGAAAAUUGUUCUUCCAAUAAGUUCUUUCUGUCCCCUCUGAAGCGACAGAGAACUCUUGCUAGUACCUGGCUGGAACAAGUUGGAAAAGCACGGAAUCCUUACAGGAUGUGUGUUGCACUUUAUGGAAUAGCUCGGAAUAGCAUGGAAUAACCAGGAAUGUGCGAUCUUAUGGAAUGAGGUCAGGAUGGAAAGGCCAGAUGUGCAGAAUUUGAAUGUUGACAAGCUGUUUGUGAAAGAUGGGAUACUCUUCCCUGAUGGAAAAUCUUGUUGGAUUCAGGAAGUCGAAAAACAUGAUGGCGGAAUUUCAAUGUACACUCUGGCUUUCAGCGGGAACUCGGGAAAAGUGCCGCGUCGAAUGUGAUGGAAGCUUUCAAGGAAGACAGAAAUAUCACCACAGGAAUGAAAAUACAUAUGGGCAAUAUGUGGGAUAGACGUUGAGAAUUAACUACUUUAAUCACCAGGUUUUUGGGAUUUAGGAACCUACAAUCAAAGCAUUUUGAGUAAAUUUCAAGAAACGAGGCAUGGCGAUCGUAGUUGAAAAACCAGGAGCAAAGAUGUGUCUCCUCACUUGGUAACUAGUGUUUGCGUGAUGAGGUUUUUUUUUUUUAUAGAAUGUAUGAUACCAAAUAAUAAUUGAUUCCGUUCAUUGAAGUUUUUUCUGAAACCUGGGCUGCAGCUCCGGCAUUAGUGCCGUUUGGGAGCUGUGGAUGCUUGGACCAAAUUUUAAUGGCUGUGGCUUAGGCUUCCUAUCUGAUGCUUCAAAAGUGUUUUUUUUUUUACCAAGCCUGUUGCAGCCAAAGGCGUAUGCUCAUGAAGCCGGAGCCUGAACUUGAAGCCACGGUUUCAAAAAUGGCCACUGGGUCCAUAUUUACACCAAAUUUCAGAGACUUUUGCUUCGUAGAUAAAAUAAAGAAAAGAAAAUAUGAAAGAACGUGUGAAAAAACCAUUAUAAUUUACUUAAUUGAUUCUUGGCUGAAUUUUGCUAGGCAAAAAAGUUUGCAACAUCUGUUUAAGCGUCUCUUUGGAAACUGUCCUAAUUAAUUUUAACAAAAAUACAAGUAGUAACUGACUAGACAAACAGUGGCUUUUGAUGAUCUUUGGAGAAUCGUUUUUCCCCCAGAUUUUCUUUAAUAUGUUCCUUGUCAGACGUUCCGUUGAUAAUUCGACAGAGUUCUUGUAAAAAUUUAAUUACAAAAAACAGUCAUCUUGACUAUAACCUUCCAAAUUCUGCCGUAAUCCAACACUAGCUGGUUUUGUUAGAUUUUAAAGGGUUCAGUACUACUACAAACCCUCCUACAAUUACUUAACAUCGGGAUGAGAUGGCCAAACUUUGUUUUAGUCCCGUGAACAUCCACUUUUUUUACUGUAAAGUGUUUUGGCAGAUGUGGCCUGAUUUUGGGAAGGUUUCUUACAAAACAGAACAAUAAAAAAACUGCCAUAAUCUAACACCUUCUGGUUUUGUUAGAUUUUGAAGGGUUCAGGAUUACAGGCCCCUGAUGCAUUUCCUGAACAUGCAUGGGGGUGUGUUGGCCAAACUUUGUUUUAGUCCCGUGAAUGUCCACUGCUUUAAGUGUUUCGGCAGAUGUCUGAUUUUGGGAAGGUUUCCUACAAAAUCGAAAAACCUCCAAAAUCUGCCAUAAUCUAACUGCUUUAAUCUACUAUAAAUAUCCACUGCUCUAAGGCAAGAUGGUUGGGAGAUCUUGGCAGACUUGGGGAAGUUUCCUUACAAAAAAAUAUAGGAUGAGGUUUAAAUGAUUAGAUGAUGAUAUACAUGUACAACCAUUAUCAAAACAUUGCUCAGAAUGUAUGUAAAUUUAACUUAGCAUUGAUAUACAUGUAUGUUAUAAUUUAAAGGCAAUAUAAAACAUUUGCAAACAUCAAAACACAAAAGUACCAAAU